CAAGUUAUAUGUCAAUAGAAUUCUGUAUUUCACUUAUGUUAAAAUUUUAGUAAAACAAAAUUAUUAGCCGCCACAAUGAGUUACAGAAGCCCUAGCAGCACAUCUAUGAUUACUGUCACGGACUCGGAGGUCAGCGAUUCCACGAGUGAUAGCGGUGUGUUCUUUAAACCAAGUCGUAAGCUUUUGAAAAGUUCCAAACUCAAAUUGAAGUUGAUUGCCCUUUAUGGCGACCAUAAAUGCUUGUGGAAUGAGUGUCACAAGGACUUCUUCAAUUUCGAUCACAAGGCCAAGAUCUGGGAGGCAAUUGCUGAUGAAAUGCAAGCCAAUUCCCCGCCGGAUUUCUGGAAGCAUGCAAUACAUAGGCUGCGCUAUAAUGUCGACCUGGAACGUGUCCAAGAGCAGAAGGCCAAGUCUAUGGGUGAAGACUUUAGUUCAAAGCUGACCUACAAGGAUCACCUACAUUUCCUGAAUCACAUUUUUUCUCGAGAAAAAGACGUUCCACAUAGGGAGAUCCCCUUGAAAGCCCCAUCCUCGGGUGUUACUCUGGAAAAGAUUCCAUUGAAGCACGCGAGACCCAUUAAGGAGAAGCCAAAAUCUGAAGCUAAACUCACCGAAAAGAUAGCCAAGCUCGAUGUUUUGAGGAAUCAUCACUGCACUUCACUGAUUCUGACACAUGAAGCCUUCAAGAAGAUGCAAAAGAUCACCAGUGGUGUGGACCAUCAACACGUGGCCAGGGAGAAGCCCAAGCUGAAGGCGAAACACGUUUAAAUAGCUUUUUCGUUUUAUUACAUUUCUUGUAUCAUCAUAA